UUGUGGGAAGCAGUUGAGCCUCCUUGAAAAUCCUUCUUGAAUUUGUUCUGAAGGCACUCAAGCCUCGACACAGAACGUCCCUAUCACUACUUUCCUGUAGCAAUGAAUGCUUCUUCAUUAGUCCAUCUUAGCUUAGCUGAAUAGAAAGCAGCGCGUUUAUUAGGAGCUCUCAAGGGUUGUCAUUUUUUUUGAAAAUGUGUGCAAAAAGAGUAGAAGAAAAGUACAAAGGGGAACUUUCUCAAAUGAAAGACGAAAACGAGCGCCAACGUCAAUUACUCGACGCUCUUUCCACGAAGCCUCAAGUUGUGUCACACAAUGCAGAUGUCAGUCAAGAAUAUCUUAACGCUGAGCAGCAUGAGUGGAACUCCAGUAUGGAACAGCGGGAGCUAGAGCCCUGUCACAUUAAAGAAGAAGAAGAGCCCAAAGGUACCCCCAUAAAAGAAGAAGAGGAUAAGACAGGGGUGCCUUUUCUUAAAGAAGAGGAGGUUGAUAUUAAGUUUCCCUUGAUUGUUGUGAAGAGUGAAGGUGAUGGAGAACACGGUGGCGGGGCACAAGCAGACGGCCUCAUAGCUCCACUAUCAGACAGUGACGACAUAACGUCACAGUCUGAUGACACUGCUGAUCAACAUUGUGAAAGUGAUAGGACAUGUCACCCUGACAACAUACACCGGAAAUGCUUACAGUGUGGGAAAACGUUUAGUUCAAAGUGGGAUUCUAAAGUUCACAUGAGAAGUCAUAAAGAAGAAAAACUUUUCAGCUGUUCAGACUGUGGGAAAAAAUUUGCUCGAAAGGCACAUCUGAACAUACACACAAGAUCACACACUGGAGAGAAACCUUUUUGCUGUUCAAUUUGCGGGCUUCGAGUAACACAAAAGUUUAGCUUAACAAAUCAUAUGAGAACGCACACUGGAGAGAAGCCUUUUGCCUGCUCGGUUUGUGGUAGCAGAUUCUCGAUAAAGGGGCAUUUACAAAUACACACAAGAACACACACUGGAGAAAAACCUUUUGCCUGCUUAGUUUGUGGAAAAAGAUUUUCUGUAAAGGAAUAUUUAAGAAAACACACUAAAACACACACUGGGGAGAAACCUUUUGUCUGCUUAGUGUGUGGUCUUAAAGUAACACAAAAGUUUAUUUUAACAAAUCACAUGAGAACACACACUGGUGAGAAACCUUUUGCCUGCUCAUUUUGCAGUAAAAGAUUUGCGCGUCAAGCACAUUUAAACUUACAUACAAGAACGCACACCGGAGAAAAACCCUUUGCUUGCUCAGUUUGCACCUUGCACUUCACUGAACGUUCAAAAUUGAUUCAACACAUGAGAACACACACUGGUGAGAAACCGUUCAGUUGCAGUGUGUGUGAUGAAAGAUUCUGUCAUCAGUAUCAGGUCAAGAGACACAAGUGUGCUGGUGAGAACAGCAGGAGGUAAAUAAAGCUCCAGAAUGUAGAGUUAGCAGCUCGGUGCCCCACUUGUGAGCACAUCUGCAUCACCUCUCUGAGGGGCUGGGUUCAAAUCCAGCCCUGCCCUUGUGGACUUUAAAUUUUCUCCCCAUGCUUGUGUGGGGUUCAAAUGUGUAUGUGACCCUCUAUUUAAAUAAGCAAGUAGUCAAACAGCGAUAGUGUUGAGAAAUAAAUAAUAUUCAAGCAUACUGGCAUUGCUUGGGUUGCUUUGUAGAAAAGUUGUCAUUAUUGUCAUAGUACCGUUUGUUUUUUAAACUGCUGAGCAUAAUCAUUUGGAAGACUGUUAGGACAUUUUUUUUGCUCAUUUCACUUUAUUGUUCAAAAAAGUGUUAGUUGGGUUAUUUUAGAAGUUAAUGUAACUUUAGGUUAUCAAAAAUGUUUGUCACUGUUUUGGGUUGUUUUGUUCAACAGAAUCCUGAACUUUAUAGAACAAUUUAAAACAUUAGCAGAAAAUCAUACUGUCUGCCUAAGAAAAUGAACAAGAACAGCUCAUGUCUAAUAAAAAGACUUCUUCAAGAAUGUUUGUUUGUAUACACAACACUCAGAAACCUCUUCAUUUGUUAUUUGCAAGAACAUGUCACAGAUAGUCGAUUUUGUUACACACCAUGAAAUUAUUAUUCUAAAAUGUAAAUUCAGGAUAAUGUUAACAUUUUUCCGUUUUGACUGGACAAAAGAUUUCUGUACAGCAGGAAUGUGUGGAUAUUAAAGGCCAAAUAAGCAGAUAAGAAAUUGUACUUAAUGGUUGUUGUGUAUAAUUGUAACUGUGAC